AUGGCACUGGGAGAGUAUAAAAGAGAUGCAGCAGUGAGGCGCCUGUCAUCCACCACUGAGGACGACAGGAGAGUCAGAGAGAAGGAGCUGAGUGGAGAGUUCCAGGACACUCUAAAUAAGAUGAAAGCUCUUCUCCUGCUCUCUGCCAUCCUGGCACUAAGUGCCUGUCUCCCGGUGCCUGAGGAGCAGGAACGAGAAAAGCGAAGUGCCAGUGACAGCGAUGAAUUACCUAUACGGAUUUCUUUUCCCCCAUACGAGUAUCCAUUUGGUGCAUACCCACGAUUCUUUUAUCAAGGCUACCCGUGGUAUUAUUAUCCUUAUUAUAAUCCUUUGUCCGUGCCCUUCGCUCCCCGUGCAAUAAUGAGGAACUUUAUCAUAGUCAUGAAUAUUCUGGCAUUAACUCUGCCCUUUUUGGCUGCAGAGGUGCAAAACCCAGAUUCAAACUGCCGUGAGAAGAACAAAGUAGUGUACGAUGAGCAGAGAGUCCAAUACACACCAGUCCGCUCCUUCCUGAGCCGCAAUUAUUAUGAACCUAAUUACUACCAGUACAGGUCCCCUGUGCCUGUUAGCCCAUACAUGUAUUACCCAUUUGUUGUAAAACUAUUUCUGCUUAGGUCUCCAGCCCCAAUCUCCAAAUGGCAACCAAUGCCAAACUUCCCCCAGCCUGUUGGCGUACCUCACGCCCUCCCAAGCCCAUCCUUUCUUGCCAUUCCUACAAAUGAAAAUCAGGAUAACACCGCCAUUCCAACCAUCAACCCCAUUACUCCCACUGUGUCCACACCAGUUUCUACCACAGAGUCAGUGACAAAUACUGUGGCCAAUCCUGAAGCUUCCACCGUAUCUGUCAAUAUCCCUGAGACUGCCACAGUCCCAGUAUCUUCACCUGCAGCAUGAAACGCUAAGGAAACAUUGAAGA